CCUGUGUCUAUUGCCUGUGAUGGAAGAACUUGAUGUUAAUGUGAGUUCGAGUGAGGGCUUCGGCGUAGCAGAGAAGAUCGUGCUGCUCACCUUUAUCUCGGCGGUUAUUCUGAUGGCCAUCCUGGGGAACCUGCUGGUGAUGGUGGCGGUGUGCCGGGACAGACAGCUCAGGAAAAUCAAGACCAAUUAUUUCAUUGUUUCCCUUGCCUUUGCGGACCUGCUGGUGUCAGUGCUGGUGAUGCCGUUUGGAGCCAUUGAGUUGGUUCAGGACAACUGGAUCUAUGGAGAGAUGUUCUGCCUCGUUCGGACAUCUCUCGACGUCCUGCUCACCACAGCAUCAAUACUGCACCUGUGUUGUAUCUCACUGGACAGGUACUAUGCUAUUUGCUGCCAGCCACUGGUUUACAGGAACAAGAUGACUCCAUUGCGCAUCACUGUAAUGCUUGGAGGCUGCUGGGUAAUCCCAACAUUUAUUUCUUUCCUCCCAAUCAUGCAAGGCUGGAAUAGCAUUGGCAUCAUUGAUCUGAUCCAGCAAAGGCAGUUCAACAAGGCUUCCAACUCCACCUACUGCAUAUUCAUGGUCAACAAGCCAUACGCCAUUACCUGCUCCGUGGUGGCCUUCUACAUUCCCUUCCUCCUGAUGGUGCUGGCCUACUACCGCAUCUACGUCACCGCCAGGGAGCACGCCCGCCAGAUCCGGGUGCUGCAGCGCGCAGGGACCCCCGCCGAUGGCCGGCAGCACCCCCCGGACCAGCACAGCACACACCGCAUGAAGACUGAGACCAAAGCUGCCAAGACCCUGUGCAUCAUCAUGGGGUGCUUCUGCCUGUGCUGGGCCCCCUUCUUUGUCACAAACAUAGUGGACCCUUUCAUAAACUACACGGUGCCGGGGAAGCUGUGGACAGCUUUUCUGUGGCUGGGCUACAUCAAUUCAGGGUUGAACCCCUUCCUCUACGCCUUCCUGAACAAGUCUUUCAGACGUGCCUUCCUCAUCAUCCUGUGCUGUGGUGAUGAGCGAUACCGAAGGCCUUCUAUCUUGGGGCAGACAGUCCCCUGUUCCACCACCACAAUAAAUGGAUCGACUCACGUGCUAAGACUGCGGUGCUCUGGAGGACCCAGGCAGGGAGAGACUUUGUACAGCACACCUGGGGCCAGAUGCAAGCACGGUGGUGAUGGGGUGAGGGAGCAGACUGCAGUGGCUUGGCUGCUUGACCAUGACAGGAGGGAGACCACAGCUGUCUGAACCCCCCAGCAAUCAUCCUGCUUUCUCCCUAAAUCAUGAACCAGAAGACGAGGAAAGGAUUUCACACCACCCAUUUUGUUCUUGAACUCUCCACCAGCUGGUGUGAAAGACACCUGUUCCUUGGGCAGGGUAAGACAUGGUGCAACAUGAUUUGGAGAUGUCAUGAACAGCCAGGAGACAAGAUUUAGUUAGAGAUGGAUCUGUCUGUACAGUGGGCAAGAGUAGAAUUAAAUAUUCAUUCAGCUGUGAAAG